GUCUCGUGUAUGAGCUACAGGGGACAGCUGUCUGACUCUACGCGCAUUGGUGCCAGUCAGUGGCGGGACUUGAUACAGAGAGCCGUGCCAUUCUCUGGGGAACUCAGGUCAAAGCCUGACAUGGAGGGGAAACCUUCAGUGAGCUCGGUGCAUUGGUUCCGGAAGGGUCUGAGGCUGCACGAUAACCCAGCCUUGUUAUCUGCCCUGCGCGGUGCCAACUCAGUCCGAUGUGUUUAUAUCCUGGAUCCUUGGUUCGCGGCCUCCUCCUCAGGGGGAGUCAAUCGAUGGAGGUUUCUCUUGCAAUCCCUGGAGGAUCUGGACACCAGUUUAAGGAAACUCAACUCUCGCCUGUUUGUAGUGCGCGGGCAACCGGCAGACGUCUUCCCCAGGCUGUUUAAGGAGUGGGGUGUCUCCCGUCUCACCUUCGAGUACGACUCCGAGCCUUUCGGGAAGGAGCGAGAUGCGGUCAUUAUGAAGCUAGCCAAAGAAGGCGGAGUGGAGGUCGUUGUGGAGAACUCGCAUACUCUGUAUGACUUGGACAGGAUUAUCGAACUGAAUGGACAUAGCCCCCCUCUCACGUAUAAGAGGUUUCAGGCCAUCAUCAGUCGCAUGGAGAUUCCUCGUCGGCCGGCCCCCAGUGUCACCCGCCAGCAGAUGGAGGCCUGUCGAGCAGAGAUCAAGCGCAAUCACGAUGAAACAUACGGGGUGCCGUCUCUCGAGGAGCUGGGCUUCCACAGGGAAAAUAAGGGGUCCGCUAUUUGGCCAGGAGGAGAAACAGAAGCGCUGGCACGUCUAGAUCGGCACCUGGAGCGUAAGGCUUGGGUGGCAAACUACGAGAGGCCCAGAAUGAAUGCCAACUCCCUGUUAGCGAGUCCUACAGGCCUCAGCCCUUACCUGCGCUUCGGAUGCCUGUCAUGCAAACUGUUCUAUUACCGCCUGCAAGAGUUGUACAGGAAGGUGAAGAAAAACAACCCGCCCCCAUUAUCCCUGUUCGGGCAGCUGCUCUGGCGAGAGUUUUUCUACACGGCCGCCACUAACAACCCCAAAUUUGACCAAAUGGAAGGGAACCCGAUCUGUGUGCAGAUCCCCUGGGACAAGAACCCCAAGGCACUGGCCAAGUGGGCUGAAGGAAAGACGGGGUUUCCCUGGAUUGACGCCAUCAUGACGCAGCUGAGGCAGGAGGGCUGGAUACAUCACUUAGCGAGGCACGCCGUCGCUUGUUUCCUGACCCGGGGGGAUCUAUGGAACAGCUGGGAAUGUGGCGUAAAGGUUUUUGAUGAAUUGUUGCUGGACGCAGAUUUUAGCGUGAACGCCGGCAGUUGGAUGUGGCUCUCGUGCAGCGCCUUUUUCCAGCAAUUCUUCCACUGUUACUGCCCCGUGGGGUUUGGAAGGAGAACAGAUCCAAACGGGGACUUCAUAAGGCGGUACCUGCCCGUGCUGAAAGCCUUCCCGUCCCGCUAUAUAUACGAGCCCUGGAGCGCCCCUGAGUCAGUGCAGAAACAAGCCAAGUGCAUUAUUGGUAUCGACUACCCAAAGCCCAUUGUAAACCACGCGGAGGCGAGCAGCAUGAAUAUAGAGCGCAUGAAGCAGACGUACCAGCAGCUGUCCCGCUACAGAGGCCUGUGUAUCCUGGCUUCUGUUCCAUCCUGUGUGGAAGAUCUGGGAGGUCCAGUAACAGACUCCAACCCAUCAGAAGCAGCUCCUAAACUGUCCCUGUGCAAUUCCGACUCCCCCAAACGGAAACAUGAGGGGUCCAAAGAAGAGCUGCACCAGAAGGUCAGGGUGCUGAAUGUCCCGGCGACGGAGAGGCCAGAGAAAUAUUUCUGAGUGCGCCCUUGCUGACGAGCUGCUGAAACAUAAGGAAGCCUGCGCCAGACAUCACGCCUGCGUUCCUAGAGGGGACCUCCCCCCAAAUAGAUUUAACCUCUUAGCUCCCAGACAAGCGACGGUGAUAUUAUUACUAGCUUCUCUGUCAGCCCUAGUUUUAAAGCAUUUUUUAACCCCUGGCUUGGUAUUUAAAUAGGCUUCUACUCCUAUAUCUGAAUAAGAGGUGUAAAUCAGGCUGCUGCGGAACUACAGCGCUUCCCUCGAGGGUGAUGGGAGUUGUAGUUCCCCAAUCUUUAGCGCUUCUGGCUGGAGAGCUCUGUCGUAGACGGUGGAGGAUAUUUAAACCAAAAUCUAUUGUAUCCGCUCUGGUAGCAACCGCCCCAAUGCUGUGGAAGUUCACACCAACCCUGGGCCUGAUGCUAUAUACUGUAUAUAUCUAUAUCUAUCAAGAGAGAGAUUCAUACUCAUUCUUCCCCAGCAGGGGAGAGGUUAAUAUUGUAUGUUUUAGCAGAACAAAGCUGCUGACGUGUAACCAAUCAUAUAUGUACAUAAAUGUCAUUUUAAAUACUCUUCA